AUGUGGAAGAAACUAUUGAAUAUCGAGAAAAAGGCACCGGACCAAGUGCAGCAUGUAUUUCAUCAGGAUCAACCUGGCACAGGUCAGCCUGGCCCACAGCCUGUAGGUGGCGGUACGGGGGCAGCGCCGCCAUCGAUCUUGCAGUCCUCACCCUCGCAAUCCCCCAUGUCAGCGGAACCGAUCUUUGUGCCUGUACCGGAAGGAAAGGCCAAGCAUGUGCAUGAGCCUAGCCGCGAUACUUUUGACAUCGCUGGUUUGCCUGUGUUUGUGUAUGGCCUAUCACAGCUUUCCCCUCCGACGGAGAAAGGAUGCCCUGAGGUGUGCAUUGCGAUCCAUAUGCAUGGACGUACUGGCUCAGCCAAACGCGAAGAUGACCUAGCGCGUGAGUUGUGGCGCAGUACGAUGAGCGCUCGAGCCGCGCUGCCGUCUUCGCAUCGAGUGCGUGACUUUUUGCUGGUGACGUUUGAUCAGCGCAACCAUGGUGAGCGGAAGACGAACCCACGGGGCCAGAAGUCCUGGAAAGAGGGCAACCCAACGCAUGGGAUCGACAUGUAUGGUAUGAUUCACGGCACAGCGACAGAUGCCUCGUUCCUCGCAGAGAUGCUGCCUCCGUAUCUGUUCCCGAAUGAUGAGCGUUUGGUGUCGAUGGUCGCCGUGACAGGCAAGUCACUAGGCGGUCACGCCGUGUGGCAGGUACUAGCGCAUGAUCCACGGAUCCGCAUUGGCGUCUCAUUUAUCGGCACCCCGGACUUCCAGAAAUUGAUAGCCCACCGUGCGAAAACGUCGCAUCUGACGGAUGGGCCGCCACAGGUCCCCUUCUCUUUGCGCAGCCUCAUGCGCCGCAUUGAUCCCGCGAUGCAGCCGUAUCGGGAGCCUAGCCCACAGAAUCCAUUCUUUGGCAAGAAGAUUUGCGCUUGCUCGGGCCAGGAUGAUAACCUUGUGCGUUGGUCGUAUUCGGAAGAGUUCUUGCAGUCGGUCGUGGUAGCACCGCCUCACACGGAUGACGCGCGUCGCAGCUUGCAAGUGUUUGUGCAGCCCAAGACGGGCCACAAGGUAACGAGUGAAAUGCUCUAUCAAGGUGGUCGUUGGCUCGCUCAGUGGGCCUUGGCCUACUAA